AUGGAGCCCGAUGCCGACCCUGCCGCCAACCCGGGCGAGCGUCGGAACCAGCAGUAUGUCGACAAUGCCAUCCGUGCUAUUCAGGACAAGAAGCCCGUACCCGAGAUCGACUUCUCCAUCCAUACCAUGGAUGAUGGCACCCAAGUGAGCACCGUCGAGCGCGUUUGCAAAGAUGUUCAAGCGCCAGCUACCUUUCUCCCCACCGACGAGCAGUUCUUCGAGGAUGACACCCACAGCAAGCCCGACCUCAACUUCCUGAAGCAGCACCUCUACCGCGAGGGUCGUCUGACCGAGGAGCAGACCCUGUGGAUCAUCGCGAAGGGGACCGAGAUCCUGCGCUCCGAGCCCAACCUGCUGGAGAUGGACGCCCCCAUCACCGUCUGUGGCGACGUCCACGGCCAGUACUACGAUCUGAUGAAGUUGUUCGAGGUCGGCGGUGACCCCGCCGAGACGCGCUACCUCUUCCUCGGCGACUACGUCGACCGUGGUUACUUCAGCAUAGAGUGCGUCCUCUACCUCUGGGCUCUAAAGAUCCACUACCCCAACUCGCUGUGGCUGCUGCGCGGAAACCACGAGUGUCGCCACUUGACCGACUACUUCACAUUCAAGCUCGAGUGCAGGCACAAGUACUCCGAAGCCAUCUACGAGGCCUGUCUCGAGUCUUUCUGCUGUCUCCCCCUGGCUGCCGUCAUGAACAAGCAGUUCCUCUGCAUCCACGGCGGUCUCAGCCCCGAACUGCACACCCUCGACGACCUCCGAAGUGUUGACCGUUUCCGCGAGCCCCCCACCCAGGGCCUCAUGUGCGACAUCCUCUGGGCCGACCCUCUCGAGGACUUUGGCCAGGAAAAGUCGAGCGAGUACUUCUUGCACAACCACGUCCGUGGCUGCUCCUACUUCUUCUCGUACCCUGCCGCCUGCGCCUUCCUCGAGAAGAACAACCUGCUCUCCGUCAUCCGCGCCCACGAAGCCCAGGAUGCCGGCUACCGAAUGUACCGUAAGACGCGCACCACCGGCUUCCCCAGUGUCAUGACCAUCUUCUCCGCCCCCAACUACCUCGACCUCUACAACAACAAGGCCGCCGUGCUCAAGUACGAGAACAACGUCAUGAACAUCCGCCAGUUCAACUGCACGCCCCACCCAUACUGGCUGCCCAACUUCAUGGAUGUCUUCACCUGGUCGCUGCCCUUUGUGGGCGAGAAGCUGACCGACAUGCUCAUCGCCAUCCUGAGCACCUGCUCCGAGGAGGAGCUCAAGGACGAGACCCCGUCGGCCUCGUCACCGGGCACCCUGGGCUCGCCGGCCGCCGACUCCGAGGACCCCAACAGCAUCGAAUUCAAGCGGAAGGCCAUCAAGAACAAGGUCCUCGCCAUCGGCCGCAUGUCGCGCGUCUUCCAGGUCCUGCGAGAGGAGUCGGAGCGCGUCAGCGAGCUCAAGACCGUCUCCGGCGGACGUCUACCGGCAGGAACCCUCAUGAUGGGCGGCGAAGGUAUCAAGGAUGCCAUCAAGACCUUCGAGGACGCUAAGAAGGUCGACCUGCAGAACGAGCGUCUGCCCCCCUCCCACGAGGAGGUGGUCAAGCACCAUGAGGAGGAGCGCGCCACGGCCUUCCAGAGGGCCGCCGAGGAGGCUGACAAUGACAAGAAGCUCCAGCAGCUGGGGAGGAGAUUGAGCACGUGA